AUGAAAAAUAAGACUAGCAAAAUCACCAAAAAACGAGCCAGGGCCGGGCCAUCUAAACGCACCAGAGCUCUGGUGGAGAAACUCAACAAGGAGUCCGAGUCUGUGCACACGAUUCUGGCCGGACCUGAACAAAAGCUAAAGAAAAACGCAUUUGAAAAUGUACAAAACGAUCACCAACAAGAUCAACGCACAAAAUCCGAAAAGCAAAAACAUAACGACGACUUGGAAAAGCAGUUGGAUCUACUAAGUGGCAUGGGAUUGGGGGCUGAACCCCAAACUGUGUCAAAGAAAUGA